CCGGAGGGUUGGCAACAGCGAUCUUCACGACAACGGAGGCUGCUGCACAGUAGUCCUCUCGACUUAUAUCUGUUCCGGCGGCUCAUUGUGCACACUGGUCCUAUCUCAUACACUCAGUCCAUGUCCAAGUGAGCCCGAAGCUUGGCUGGAUAUGCUGUGUUGAUAGGCUCCCAAAAUUUCCCUCAACGCCGAAUACAGACCUAACGAUGGUCGACCAGACGGAGCCGGAGCCAUUGGCUUCCUCCCUGUGGACGAGGUCUCUUCUUUCCGGUGCGGUUGCCGGUCUCACCGUUGACCUCUCCCUGUAUCCUCUCGAUACUAUCAAGACUCGUCUACAGAAGGCCAGACACAGCACUAACGGCCCUACGACGAAAUCUGCGCCACCUCCUCUCCGACAGACCAUCCGCGGCAUCUACGCCGGUCUUCCCUCCGUCCUCCUCGGCUCCGCACCUUCGGCGGCCUCCUUCUUUAUCGUCUACGAUGGCGUGAAGCGCGCCCUCCUUCCCUCCUCUACGUCCGAGCCAGCGUCAAAAUGGCAUACGUUCUUCACACACUCGCUGGCAUCCUCGAUGGGUGAGAUUUCCGCCUGCGCGGUCCGCGUCCCCACCGAAGUGAUCAAGCAGCGCGCCCAGGCUGGACUUUUCGGCGGCUCGACGCUGCUGGCCCUGAAAGAUAUUCUAUCCCUGCGCCAUGCCGAUCCGACUUCGGGAGCGAAGAGGGGAUAUGGCCAGGUCAUUCGUGAGCUGUACCGCGGCACGGGCAUCACAAUCGCACGAGAGAUCCCGUUUACGGUCCUUCAGUUUACCAUGUGGGAGAGCAUGAAGGGUGCGUAUGCGAAGCGGACACUCAACAAAGCUCAGGGGGCAGACGGCGCCAUUGGCGUUGCAGCAGAGCAGAUUCCCGCAUCGACGAGUGCGCUAUUUGGCAGUUUUGCUGGUGCUGUUGCGGCUGGUCUGACGACGCCGCUGGAUGUUAUCAAGACGCGAGUCAUGCUGGCCCGACGCGGAGAUGGUGGGGAGUCGGGCCGUGUGCGGAUUAAGGAUGUGGUGCGCGGCAUCGCCAGUGAGGGCUUCGGUGCUUUCUGGCGAGGUAUCGGACCUCGUGUCACUUGGAUUGGAAUUGGUGGUGCGGUGUUUCUAGGCAGUUACCAGUGGGCAUGGAAUACUCUGGAGGGGAAAGACAGGGAGCGGUUGGCUAGGGAGGAGAAAUAG